AUGACCUUCCCUCAACUUCAGGAAGCACGAAUCCAGCGCCAGGCUCGCCAGGAACUUGUUGCAGAGCUAUCAACUGCGGCCCAAGCUAAUGGUCUGUACUGCUGGCAAACGUGGCGUGUUGCAAAUUUGGAUCAGACCCAGUGUACCAAGCUGACAGCCGAUAUCCGCACGUUACUGGACAAAGGAUUUUCACAGGCGGAAGUUAGCAAAAUCAUUAACAAGCCGACACGCUCGAUCACUCAUGUCGUUGCGCGAUGGGACAACCCCGAGUUGACGGAGAAGACGACGAAGACCACGGUGGAAAUUCUCGCUGACCUACAAGCAGGCAGCCCUAAGACGGAGAUGGCGGAGGCUCAAGGCAACUUGCUGACCAAAAGAAGAGAAAGGAAAAAAAUCACAACUAUCAAGUCUCCGACGAAUACGACGGAUACGUCGUCACGGAAUGUCUCGGCCUCUUCUUCUGUGACAGCCGUCACGCGGAAACGAUGGUUUCUUCUCGAGCGUCUACCAGUGGAGCGUAUUGCAUUGGUGGAGUCCACGAUGCGUGAAUUAAAGGAAGAUCCCCACAAGGAAAAGAAACGCGUCGCUGCACUGGAGGUGCAGGUCGGCAAGCAGCAGAACGAGAUCAAAGCGAAGAAACUGCUUUUUCUAUAUAGGUAG